GGGAUCAUAUGGUCUCUCACAUUUAAAUAAAUAUAAAAUAAUGUAGUUUAUAAACUUGUAUUGUAUGAGAGACUAAUUCUCCGCAAAUCAUUUUCCUAGUGGCUUAAUUAUUUUAAUUUUCUUGAAACUCUACAGAAUUCUUCUUUACUGAUGCUCUUUCAUAUUAAGUGUCGUUUUAGACUUGUGUACACGGAUUAAGAAAACAACUAAUUUUGCAUGUUUUCUAUAUAAAAACAUAAUUAUCUAUACACCUAACCAUAUUUCAAUCAAUAAAAAAACAAAUAACAGAAUAAAAUUAAUAAAUUUUGCAUUGAAAACCGAAAACGACACUUAUUUUGUAAAAAAAAAUUCUCUAAAACGACACUUAAUAUGAAACGGAAGGAGUAUAAGAAAAUAUAUUGCCAUGAAUUACAAACCAUCAAAUUACCAACACCUAAAGCAAUGUAUCACAAAUCACAUGAUGAAAUAUAUGAUGGACAAUGUUAUGUAAUUUAUAUCAUAACUUGCAUAUGUCUGCCAACUAUAUUAGCUGCGUCUUCUCUGUAUUGUUAUGUCACAUAUGUGAUGACUUAAUGAUUCAUAUAACUUAUGUGAUGACUUAUAGUUCAUAUAACUUGUACUUAUUUUCCAUAUAUAUUAUUGUCUUUUUUUCUGCUACUUUUUUCCAUUCUUCCGUUAUUCCACUAACUACCUAAUCGAAUAUCAUGCUAAAUUGAAAUGAAUAUCACGUAUAGGCACAUAGUGUUAUAACAGACACACACACACAGUGACACACACAAGACCCAACUACACAUCAAGUUACUAUCAUGAAUUUCUUGUUUCCCUUAAGUCUUUUUUACAUGCAUUUCAGCAACUUGCACUCUUCACUCUAUAUAUAUACACGUUACGCAUUGUGAAAACACAAUACUUUUGUUUCCCAUAAACAUACCAAAUUUUUUAUUUAUUUGUAAAUAUGAUUGUGACAAUAGUCUCAUACACCCAAGAAUUCACCAUGGAAAUCAACGAACAAGAACCUGUGUUGGACAUUAAGAAACGUUUAGAACAAUUCCUUCAGAUCCCAACAUCAUCUUUAACACUCUUUGUCUCUUGUUGGGAGCUCCUUGACGGUCUCGACAUCGAUGAUUACCCAAUCAUCUCACACGGCACCAGAAUCGACCUCACCGUCACUCCCCUUUUCACCUCACCUUCUUUUACCAACCCCGCCGUUAAAAAAAUCCACGUCACCGUCAAGUUCCCAUCAAAACAGUUCUCCAUCGAAGUAGACAAAACCGAAACGGUAAGUAGCUUGAAGGACAAGAUUUACAUCGUGGAGAAUACACCGAUAAAGCGAAUGCAGUUAUACUUCUCCGGAAUCGAGCUAGCUGAUGAUUUUCGAAACCUAAACGAAUACGGAAUCGGAGAGUUCUCGGAGAUUGUCGUGUUUCUCAAGUCAAUCAAUCGAGCCAAAGACGUUGCCCCGGUGAAGAAACUAUGUUUCUUGGUGCAGACGUCAUCGAGUUUAUUCAACGGCGCAAGUAUCCCCGUGGAGAUUAAGGACUCGUGUACCAUCUCAGAGAUGAGAGAAGGAUUACAAGCUAACAAGACUUUGCCAAGAGACGAGUAUAUAUUCGUACACAAGCAACGGAUUAUGCGAGAGAAUUGUAGUCUUCGGUGGCAUGGUGUUGAAAAUGGCGACACUCUUUUUGUGUUUAAAGGAUCUAUUAGUCGUGGAAGUUACUGAGAUUUCCAUAAUUAAGAUUCAUAUUCGAGUUUCUUUGAUAAAAAAAUCUCCCUCAAGAAUGACAUUAUGCAAUUUUCAUAUAUUGACACAGACGUUACAAUUUUUUUUUACUUUUAAUUUUUUUUAUAAAAUUUUAAAUUUUAAUUUGAAAAAAAUAAUUUCUUUUUGUUAUUAUUUUAUUCGUUGGGAAACAAAAUACACCGAUUAUACUACAUAUCCUGGUUACACACAACUGUAUCAUUACAUUUCAAAAGUUAGGCAAACACAUAAUCUUUAAAAAAUAUAUAUAUAACUCAUAAUUGUAUAAAUGAUAGUACGACUAAUUAACAGGACUACAUAUCUGGACAUAAUCGAAUAAAUAUAUUCAAAAGAGACCUUAUAAAUAUUAUUUUUUAACUGAAUGUGCGACUAAAGGACUCUUCAAAAUGAUAUACUAUUGAUUACCUAGGUUUCGGAACAAGUCUUCGGGUAUUUUCAAAGCUGUAAGCGUGUAACUAAAACGAUACAAGUUACAAUCCAGUUUGGGCAACGUUAGAGCAUCCACGAUGGUGGAUUAGAUGAAAGAGUCCUUAGGAUUAGUUUAAUAUUUUUUUUUUUUGAAUUGUUAAGGACUCUAAUCAAAAUAGUGUGUCCAAUGGUGUUCCCCAAUUAGGAGUUCUUAGAAAUAAAAAAUAUUUUUUUUUAAAAGUGAAAUUAAAAUUUUAUUUAUUGCAUGAAUAAAAAUAAAAAUACAAUAAUUAAACUUAAAGAUAUUCUUAAUUAUUAAUUCUCACCACCAAAUUUAUUUCAAAUAUGCUCAAUUAAAUCUUUUUUCAAUUGUUCAUGUAUACGCCUAUCCCGAAGAUCUUUCUGAUUCUGAUUGACAAACAUGUUAUUGAGAUUUGUAGGCCUGUCGGUUUCGGUUUCCACCUGUGAACUUCUGGUGACGCUUCCUUCUUCCAAUUCCGAUAUGUCGAUACGAGUGUAUCCAUUGUGUUCAUUUUCGACUAUCAUAUUAUGUAUUAUGAUACAUGCUCGCAUAAUCUUCCCUGUCUUUUCUUUGUCCCAAGUAAGAGCCGGGUUUUUGACAAUCGCAAAUCAAGCUUGCAAUACUCCAAAAGUCCGCUCCACAUAUUUUCGGGCUGCUUCUUGAGUUUUAGCAAAUAACUCUGCUUUAGGACCUUAAGUAAGUGAGAUAGAUUGGAUAAAUGUUGACCAUUUUGGAUAUAUACCGUCUGUGAGGUAGUAAGCGAACUUAUACUUGUGUCCGUUGACCACGUAUUCUAACCUUGGUGCUCGACCUUCUGUAAUGUCCUCAAAAAUAGGAGACCGAUCAAGGACAUUAAUAUCGUUUAACGUACCUGGAGGACCAAAAAAAGCGUGUCAUAUCCAAAGAUCUUGUGAAGCUACAGCCUCUAAAACAAUUGUCGGUUUUCUUGAUCCACGUGUGUACUGUCCUUUCCAAGAGGUUGGGCAAUUUUUUCACUCCCAAUGCAUACAGUCAAUGCUCCCAACCAUCCCAGGAAACCCGCGUUUCUCUCCAAUAUCGAGUAGUCGUUGAAGAUCUUCUGGCGUAGGUCUUCGUAGAUACUCAUUUCCAAAUAACAGUAUUAUUCUGUCAGUGAAAUUAUGUAAACACGAAAGUGCCGUGCUCUCACCAAGUCGGAGAUAUUCGUCCACCGCGUCAGCCGCAGAACCAUAAGCAAGCAUACGAAUUGCUGCCGUACAUUUUUGUAGUGGAGAAAGACCAGACCUCCCGGUAGCAUCUCUUCUUUGUUGAAAGAAUGGAACGUUCACUGAGAGGCUAUGGACAAUAUGCAAGAAUAAUUUCUUUUUCAUACGGAAACGGCGUCUGAAUAAAUGUGGUUCAAAUGCGGGAUUGUCGCUGAAGUAGUCAUUCCAUAGACGGUUGUGUCCUGCUUCACGGUUUCGUUCUAUAUAAGUACGUUUCCGUUGCUUAUUGGUUUGGGCCUCAAUGUUGUUGAAAGUAUCUUCGCAGAUUUCGUCAAAAAUUUCGUCCAAUCUUUCUUCCAAAUCAUUGGAUGAAGAUGAUGACAUCCUGGUUUAGAAACAUAUGUAUAAGUUUUUUUUUAUCUCAAUACACAUGUAUAAGUUAUUCUGUUUUUUUAUGUAUAAUGUAUAAGUUAAUUUUUUAAACCUUAAUACACAUGCAUAAAUUAUUCUUUUUUUUUAUGAAUAAUGUAUAAGUUAAUUUUUUAAACCUUAAUACACAUGCAUAAAUUAUUCUUUUUUUUAUGAAUAAUGUAUAAGUUAAUUUUUUAAACCUAAAUACACAUGCAUAAAUUAUUCUUUUUUUUUUGAAGAAUGUAUAAGUUUAUUUUCUUUAAUCUCGCAACACAUGUAUAAAUAUUAUAUAAUGUAUAAGUUAAUUUUCUUUAAUCUCGCAACACAUGUAUAAAUAUUGUAUAAUGUAUAAAUUGAAUUGAGAUUAAAAAGAGAAAGAACUUGAGAAACACAACAACAUAAGAUAGACAAAGUGAUAGUUGCAUAAGUUAAUUUUGUUUAUCUAUAUGCAUACGACUUGUGAUAGUUGAAUUACCUAAACAGAAGAGGAGAACUUGAGAUAGACAAAGUGAUAGUUGAGAAAGAGAAGAACCACGUUUGAUGAAGAACACAAAGUUUGAUAGACAAAGUGAUAGUUGAUAGUUGAGAAUAUUACAACCUCUCCGAGAAACAGAGGAGGAAACAAGAGGAAACAAGUCUGAUGAAGGAGCUACAAACACUACAACUACUUAUAGUACAUAAGCUAAACCCGUGACAGUCUUCACAUGCGGCAAAGACCAAAACCCGUGACUUGGUUAGUCAACAACUCCAUAAGCAUCUGUGACUUGGUUAGUACAACUACUGCUGCACCUGCAAGAAAGAUGAAACAAAGACCCGUGACUUGGUUAGUACAACUCAACAUCGCAAUACAAACAAGAUAGCUAACUACAAACAAGAUAGCUAACUACGGAACAUCUCAAUUCCAAAGAGACCACUAACUACGCAACAUCUCAAUUCCAAAGAGACCUAACUACGCAAAUAUGCCAAAUCCAAAUAGACCACUAACUACGCAAAUAUGCCAAUACCUAAACUCAUAUCAUCUCAGACAUAAGUUUGAGUUUAAGAGAUGUUUCAAUCUCAGUGAGUGGCUCUUUUUUGGCCAGUAGACGUUCAAGCAGUUUCUGUUUAGAGACUGUUUUUUUGACUUCCAUGAUGGCGUGUAUCGCUGCCAAUGACUCCUCUUUACCAUUCUUUUUCUUCUUCAUAGCAGCUUUAGCAGCCUUAACCCCCAUAGGUCUACCCUGUGGUUCUCCCACUUCAUCUGCUGUAUCAACCUCCAAGACUUUGCGCUUUUCUUUCCCACCGUCCUUAGCCACAUAGGUGGACGACCAUUUCUGGUCAUGCCUCAGCUCCCUCCAGGCAUGUUCCAUGCUAAACUUGACCGAGUAAUGAUUGUAGAAAAGGUCCAGUGCAGCUUUCAUCACAUCAUCAUCAUUUUGUCCACUUCUCUGCUCCCUCAAAGCCGCGUCGUAGCAUCCUACGAACUUGCACACUUGCUCGUUAAUCCUAGCCCACCUCUGCUUGCACUGACCAAGCUCUCUAGGUGUUGUUCCCACCAGGUGAGGGCUUGCAUUGUAGUACUCGACGAUCCUCUUCCAGAACGCACCGGCUUUCUGCUCAUUGCUCACCACCGCAUCCUUACUGGUGUUAAGCCAAGCACCAAUAAGGAUCUUGUCCUCUUUCAGAGACCACUUCCUCCUCUCCUUGACGGCGGAUUCUACAACAGAUUCUUCAGGACCUUGGCUACCGAACCAAAAUGGUUCGGGUGAUUCAAGGUCAAUAGAACUUUGACUGUUCAAAAGGUUAACAUAACUACUUGUGUUCUCCAUGGAUAGAGAAUGGUCAGUGUCGCUCUAUUAGCAACACAGAGGGUUAAGUAAAGGAGCUUUAACUACCAAACAUUCAAAGGCAAUUAAAUCAGAGUAGAUGAGAAGGUAGAAAGCACACAAAUAGCAUUUAACACCUAUCAAAUCAGACUAACACCGUAUUCUACAUAGCUAAAACAUUUAAAACUAUCAAAUCUAAGGGGUUAGGAAGGUAGAAAGCAACAACUAGCAUUUAACACAAAUUUAGCUAUUUUUAAAUUUAAAUACGCUAUAGAGUUACCAAACAACACAAUCGGUUUCUAAGAAAAGAGAGUACGCACCUUUAUACAUACACUCUGAAGGUCAGAGACGGUCCUUGUAAUCCUUUCAAGCUCUGCCUGAAAAAAUAACAUAUGAAACAGUCAAACGUUUUUAACUCUAACAUAAGAUUCAGUGAAAAACUCAAGAGAGAAACUAACCAUGAAGAUACAUGACCGCCAAACCUAUUAGAACUAACCCAUAGACCAUUACGUAAACUUCCAAUGCGAAGCCAUGUAUAACCUCUACUUCCUUCUUAGAUAACUCCCCAACGGUCCUCUCUAGCUUAUCCAGCUUCGACGCAUUCACAUGACCUUCAUCCUUAAGCUCUGUAAGCUGUCUCUGAAAGUCACUCAUCUCUGAUGUUGCGACAACAAGAUCACCACCACCACCACAGCAAGGCAUCGGGAUUCCAUCAUCAGCUACUCUCGGCUCCGGAGGUGAGUACUUAAACGGCUCUGCCGCAUUGUAGCUACUCUCACCUUCAUCCGCGUACAUUGCAGCUUCUGCUUCAAGCAGGGAAGUUAUGUCGAAAUCGUCAGAUGAAGAUGGCUGGCUGUACGAAUAAUCUUGUCCCAUGCUUGGUUAACCUGAACAAAACGAGAACAAAACGAGAACAAAUGAGAACAAAACAUCAACGAGAACAAACGAUCGAGUUACCAAAGAUUAAGAAGAAACCACAAGCUCCCCAAAUCGUUUCAGUCGAUUGUAACUCGGUUCUAUAAACCCUAACUACACACGAAAAGAUCCCCAAAUCAAUUCGAAACCCAAAACUUUUGAUACCCUAACUUCAUCCGAAAAAUCCCCAAAUCGAUUGAAAACACAAAUGUUUUGAAACCCUAACCGAGAACCCAACCCUAAAUCGAGAGAAAAAUAACAUCGAACCGAAUCUAAAUCCCAAAAACUCGAAGAGAGGGCUUCGAUUUACCUUCGUUCUGAAACCGAUCGAAUCGCCUGGAGGAGAGAGCUCUAUUUUUUCUUGCGCGUCUUCCGUCGAAAAUGUUUUUUUUUUUUGACAAAACCAAACACAAAAACUCGAGCAACGAAUCACACCACGCCACGUCUCUAAGGAUCAACCACGAUAAAUCCUUAUUUACGUAUUGAUCCUUAGCUUAUUUACCCUAAAUAAUAUUAUUCUACUCUAAUUCCUCUAGGUUUCACCGCUAAGGACUUGCAACGUUUUCCCGUUGCAGAUGCUCUUACAACGUACGCUAAAACGAUUAGGCUACAUGUCAUAGUCAUAGUCAAACACAAUAUUAUCACUAAUAUUAUCACUACGUUUCAAAAAUUAAGGCAAAUAUAUAAUCUUUUAUUUUUCAUCAAGGCAAGUAUAUUCAAAAACAGUAAACUAUUAACAGAUAUGCAAUGCAUUAGUUAUUUAAUCUUUUCUUAAUCAAAUAAUGUUGUUGGAGAAUAACUAGUUCCCAUAACAAAUCUUAAUCAACUCCUGAACAUUCGGUUAUUCCGUUAGCCGGAAAUGGCUAGCCAAGUAGAGUUGUGAAGGUUCCUCUCUCACAAAGAAGCUUUUGAUCUGUUUAGUACAGAGAAGAGGAAGAGGAAGAGAAAGAGGAAGAAGAAAGGAAAAAUAACUAAACAGAUCAUAAUGAUUCAUUUUAAGUUGUUUACAUGUGGAAUAUGACAACAUGUCACAAAAGGAAUAGUUAAAAAAAUAAAUUCAUGAAACUCUAUCCAUUUUACUUUCUCCUUAUCCACCUUCUCUUGCUUUCUCCUUUCCAUUUUCAACAUCAUCCAUUGUUUCUUCUCCAUUCAUCUUCUCUUCUAAUUUAACAUCUUUAUUUUGUUCUUCAUUCUUCACCGCUUUAUCUUCUGUUUUCACCUUCACCUUCACCUCUUCUUCUUCGUUUGUUUCCGACAAAAUCACCUUCAUAGAAGUAUCAUUUCCUCUUCCUUGGGAUCUGUUCUCACUCCUAAAUAUUUCAACUUCAUUUCAUCUUCAUCAUCUGUCACCAUUCUUCUCUCCUCUUCAUCGAGGAGCACAAGUAUCAAACGCUUCACCGAUAACUUCACCUUCGUCGCAAUCUUCUCCUUCAAUUUAUUCACUGGCCGCUGAUUCUAAUUACCUUGAUGUUGGAAAGGAGUUUUAUAUUGCUCUACAAGGCCCAUCGGAUAACAUGAUUCUGCUCAUAAUAAGUACAUCGGCUCGAGAAUCCACCCGGAGAGAUCGAUCCGAAGGCUGAUCGGCCCGUCAGCCGGCUCAGUUCAAAUCGGGCUUACUGGCUCGAUGAACCCCCCCCCCUCCUUUCUCGUGCUUGACUUUAAAGCCCAUCAAGCAUGGUCUAAAGGUUUGGGUUUUAGGGCGAACAAGACCUACAGCAAACGAGGGACAAAUUGAUCUAAGUUAUAAAAGAGGAAGGGGGAAGAAAGAGAAGGGAAUCCAAAAACAGACACUAAAACACUAAAUACAAAGUUUAGAAUUUUACUAUCAAUUUCUUUGUAUUGUCGUCGGUGCUUUCAACAAAGUUUCGACCUCGUUUCUUUUCUUUAAUCUCUUUAUAAUCACGUUUGUUAUCACAUACUGAUCAAUAAAACGUUUUUGAAGAACCCACAAUCGAGUUUAGUUUCCUUUCAUUUUGAAAGUGUAAGACUUAAUGAUUUACAUUGAUCACAUGAAUAAGUAUAUAUACAACGUAUCCGUAAUUGUCGAUCCUUAUCUUUACAGAAUAUACGUAUUCUCUAACAAUUGGAUGUUAUCAUGUCCUAACUAACACUCUCCCUCAGUGGAAGUGGAGCUGGUCGAACGCUGAGACUGGUGCAAAAGUUUGUGAACAGCUGUGAAGGGAGACCCUUGGUAAAUAUGUCUGCAUAUUGAAGAUGUGUCAGAACAUGAAGGACGCGAAUGUGACCCAUUGAGACUCUUUCGCGCACAAAAUGGAGAUCAAUCUCAAUAUGUUUUGUUCUCUGUUGCUGAACAGGAUUGGAAGAGAGAUAUACAGCAGAGAUGUUGUCGCAGUAGACAAGAGUAGCCUUCUUAAGGGGACAUACGAGUUCCAGAAGUAAGUUUCGAAUCCAUAUCGUCUAUGCAACUGCAUUAGCAACGCCCCGAUAUUCCGCCUCUGCGCUAGAGCGGGACACUGUGUCUUGGCGCUUGGAUGACCAAGAGAUCAAACUGUCACCAAGGAACACGCAAUAGCCGAAGGUGGAUCAUCUUGUUGAUGGACAACCCGCCUAAUCGGCGUCGGAAUAUGCAACACGAUCAGUGAUGGACGACUUGUUUAGCUGAAGAUCGUGUGAGAUGGUGCCCUUGAGAUAGUGCAUAAUGUCCUUCAGAGCUGUGAGGUAUGGUUCUCGUGGGUCAUGUUGGACGGCAAAAGCAAUUUCUGGUCGUGUGAGUGUAAGGUACUGCAGUGCACCAACUAGACUUCGAUAAAGCGAUGGAUCAGAGACUGGUGGACCUUCAUCGGCGGCAAGUUUGGGCUUGGUGUCGACUGGAGUAUUGCAUGGGUUGCAAUUGGUCAUUGAUGCAUGGUGUAGUAUGUCAGCAAUGUAGUUCUGUUGACUAAGAAACAUCCCUUUGGCAUUGUAUGUGACACCGAUGCCCAGAAAAUGAUGAAGUUGUCCAAGGUCGGUGAGGUCGAACGCAGAUGAGAGUCCAGAGACUAUUCGAUCAAGGAGAGUUGGUGUAGUUGCUGUAAGGAUAAAGUCAUCGACGUAAAGCAACAAAUACGCCGUGUCAGCGCCUUUGUUGAUAAUAAACAGAGAGGCAUCGCAUCUGCUUUGAACAAAUCCGAUCUGUUUGGCGCCUGUAGCGAACUUCGUGUACCAAGUUCUAGGGGCUUGUUUGAGGCCAGAUAGCGAUCGUCGGAGCAAGCACACAUGAUUUGGUUUAGAUUUGUCAACAAACCCGGGUGGUUGGUGCAUGUAGACUGUUUCUUCAAGGUCGCCGUGAAGAAAGGCGUUCUUGACGUCAAGUUAUCGAAGAGGCUAAUUGCGAGCGAGAGCCACAUGUAGAACAGAGCGAAUGGAUGCAGGUUUAACCACCGGAGUGAAGGUAUCCAAACAAUCGAUCCCUGGUCGUUGUGAUUUCCUAUUUCCGACUAGACGUGCCUUAUGGCACUUGUGUGUUCCAUAUGUAUUAAACUUAUGCUAAAACAACAACAUAGAACGUAUGAUGUUAACAUUAGAAGGUCGAGGUACCAUAACCCACGUACCGCGUUUAACAUGAGCAUCGUAUUCCUCGUGCAUUGCUCCAUUCCAGUAACGGUCCUUUGCAGCCUGUACAUGAGACAAAGGAAGACUAGAGACAAUUUUGGUAUGAAGAUAAAGAGGAACGUGAGGUUUAGAGAUCCCGGUUUUUCUCCGAAUGACCAUAGAGUGGGUGUUUUGGCUAGGUUGAGGAGCUGGCGGGGAAGGUGUAGUCGCCAGUGGAACAUUUGUAGGUGGAACACGUAUAGGUGGCACAGGAGAAGGAGAAGAAGGUAAGCUUUUAUGAGCUGGAACAGCAGAGAAAGGGAACACAUCUUUAACAAACGUGACAUGGCACGAGAUGACUAUCUUUCGAGUAGACAGCACCAAGCACCUAUACCCUCGAUGGUUCAAAGGAUAUCCUAAAAACAUGCAUGCCAUGGAUCGAGGUGCCAGUUUGUGAGGUGAUGUGGAAGCUGUAUCCGGAUAGCACAAAGAGCCAACACACGAAGGUGAGAGCAAGACACAUGGCGAUUAAAAAAUCAUGUAAAAGGUAUAUUAUUUUGAAUAGCAGAGGAGGGAAGAAGAUUAAGAGUGUAGACAGCCGUGUGGAGAGCUUCAACCCAAAAAGAAAUCGGCAUGCUAGCUUGAAUAAGAAGUGUGCGCACAAGAUUGUUGAUGGUACGAAGCAUGCGCUCUGCCCAUCCAUUUUGUUGGGAUGUAUGAGGGCAGGAGAAGCAAAUAUCCGUUCCAGUGGCUGCCAAGUGAUCGAGAAAAGCUCGACUUGUGUACUCGCCACCGUUAUCACACUGAAGUGCUUUGAUAGAGCAUUUGAAUUGUGUGCGCACAUAGGCUGAGAAGUGUAAGUAUUUGGCAAAUGUGUCACUUUUUCUGUGUAAUGGAUAGACCCAAGUGUAGUGAGUAUAAUGAUCUAAAAAUAGAAGAUAAUAUUUAAAACCAGAAGUACUAGACACAGGAAAUGUCCAAAUAUCGGAAUGAAUAAUCUGAAAUGGUGCAGAAACAAUUGUAGAAGAAGAGAGAAAAGGAAGACGAGUGUUUUUACCCACUUUGCACGCAUGACACAUGGUUGUCAAGUCGGCAAUAAUAUUUGAAAAACCCAAAAAAAACAAAGACCGGUUAAUAAAACUACCCAGGUAACCAAAACGCUGAUGCCAAAGAGAGACAACUGGGGUGAGAGCAAGAGGACGAGUUGAGGUGGACGAUGGUGUCACCGAGUAGAGAGUAUCAGGACUGUCACAUCGGAGCAGAGUCCUCUUAUUGAGGAGAUCCUUAACAGAAAAAACAAACAGGUCAAAUUCAACAGAACAUUUAUUCUCAGUAGCAAUUGGAGUACUGAAAUGAGAUUUUUAAUAAUUGAUGGGCAAACAAAAUUAUUGUUAAGAAAAAACUUUUUGAUAGUGGAAAGGAGAGUAGAAUGUCCCAUGUUUGCAACAGGAGCAAGAGAACCGUCACCUACAAGAACAGAACGAGUUAUGCCCUUGCUAAAAACAGACGAGAGUGUACCGUUAUCCGCCGUGAUGUGAUUAGUAGCGCCGCUGUCCAUGUACCAAGGAGACGCUGAAGGAGCCUGGAUGCUCAUUGUGUUGAAUGCUGAAGCAAGCGCUUGUGGAAGCAUCGUGUAAGCUGGAGUCGCAACAGUUUGAGCAGCAUGCGCUUCAGGCGUUGGCUGUGAUGAUUACGAUAUAUUCCAAUAUCACAUUCUCAUUCACCUCCAAAUCGACAAAUGUCCCCGUUAUUAUCUCCACACUUACCUUCAUUGCUUUAUGUCUCUGUGCCAAAUCUUGUGAUUUUGAUUAUUAAGACAAAGAUUCAUUUCUUAUGUUUCUUAAUUUUUGUUUCACUUUUGUUAUUUAUCCACCCUACUCUCUUUUUUUCUCAAGAUUUUGUUUUGUAUGAAAAAACAUGAACUAACCAAACACAGAGCAUGCGAUUUUCAUUUAUAAUUCAAUAUCUAAUGUUGUUUGAUUUUAUAGUUUUUGUUAUAUUGUUUCAUUAAAGUUUAGUUGAGGAUAUUGUGCAACGAGAUUUUUAAUAUAUUUUGACUUAAGUAAGAUCUUUUGCACUUUCGUGCAUGAGUUGUCGAAGCUAAAGUAUAUAUUGCUGCUCUCAUUGUUCGUUCAUAGAUUUUUUUUUGGUGGUGCGAGAGUAACUUCGAGGAUGCAGACGAAAUAAUUUCACAGUUUCACUUUUGCACUUUCAUCAACAAUCCACGUCAUGUUAAGUUAUAUUAUAGUUUCUGGGUCAAACAAUACAUUUAGACAGUUACAAAGAAAACAUUUAUAUAAGAAACAAAAUUAAUAAAUACAAGAACUGUUACAUUUAUUUGAUAAAUAUAAAUAAGUUGAAAACUGAAACGUAAUACAAAUUAGACGUGUACAGGCAUGCAUGUUUAGCCCAUGGAUGCAUUAUACAACGAAGGAAAUUACAGGCUGUCAGUUUUCUUUAAAUGGUGGUAUUAAAAUAGCUUUAACAAUUGAAGGCUCUUUGCCUCUUUCUAAAAAAAA